CUAAGUUACACGGCCAUGAAUAAUACAAGACUCAUCAUAAUGUAGGUGUAUAGUAUAAGAGAUGAUAAAAAUCAUAGUUCUUAAAUCUAUAAGAGAUUUAAUACAUUGGUGCUGAAAUUAUAAUGGUUCUCAAGUCAAAUGCAGUAAAAUAUGCCAGUGUCCAAAUUUAAAAGACUAAAAAAACCUCUAUCUCAAAUAGUCAUUGAAUUCUAAAUACAUCUGAAAUAAAUAUCAAAGAAAUUUAACGUUAUAGGGAAUAUGUAACUACUGACAUUUAUUGACACAGCACUUAACUACCAUUGUUGAUAAUUUAAUGGUAACCGUAAUUAUAAAGCUGCUAAGCAUUACGGACACAAACAUACAAGGUCUACAAAAACUGCGGGGACGUAAUAUAUUGGCAGCAUUUAGUUGAAGGCUUAAAGCUACUGUGGAGUUAAAUCGAACUAGCUGCCAAUUGCAUUGAUAUUACUUAUGACAAGUACAUAAUUAGCUUGACACUUAAUACAUAAGUCACUUAAAUAUGUUGCGUUAUAAUAUCUAUGUAUUUAUAAGUGAGAGAUGAUUUUAUAUAAGUUUUCUAAGUUACACGGUCAUGAAUAAUACAAGACUCAUCAUAAUGUAGGUGUAUAGUAUAAGAGAUGAUAAAAAUCAUAGGUCUUAAAUCUAUAAGAGAUUUAAUACGUUGGUGCUGAAAUUAUAGUGGUUCUAAAGUCAAAUGCAUUGAAAUAUGGCAGUGUCUAAAUUUGAAAGACUAAAAAAACCUCUAUCUCAAACAAUCAUUGGAAUCAAAUACAUGCGCCAUAAAUAUCAACCGCUUCGUAGCUCUAUAGGGAACAAACAGCAACUGACGUUCAGUAGCACUGUAGAUAACUAGCUUUUAGGACAAUUCGAUGGCACCCAUUUCACUGUGAUUUUACAGUGAUUCCAAGUCCGCGAGGGAUACCAAUUUGUUAAAUUCGUCUAUUUUGUCUUUUGGAAUACAAGUGCAAAUAUCAUCCACAUAUCUCUUAAAAAACGGAAUAUCAAAGAACAAGAACGUUAAAAACUCAAGUAUCGUACUGAAGUAGCUAGAGCCUCAAGAUCGUGAAGAGAAGCCUGUAAUGACAGUGUAAUUCACAAUGUGAAGAGUCUAAUGCAUAAAGUAGUUAUGAAAGAGACAAAAGAACCAGGUUGCUCAUCAAGGAGCAUCUUAUUAUCUGAUACCUCUAAUGAUGAGAUUAAAUCAACCAAAACAGAUUCUUAACACAUUGUCAAGCUAAUUUGUCUUCGAAAUGGGAAACGGCAUGAAUAAGGUAUUACCAGGUCUAUAUGUAGGCAAUUAUCGAGACAGUAAAGAUGAAACACAAUUGAAACGAUUUGAAAUCACGCACAUCUUAGCAAUUCACGAUGCAGCUCGACGACUUCAUUCGGAUAAACACUAUCUCUGUAUUUUGGCGGCUGAUACACCUGAUCAAAAUCUCACGCAAUAUUUUUCUCUUUGCAACGACUUUAUUCACGCAGCUCGUCUUCGGGGUGGUAAUGUCCUUAUACAUUGCCUCGCAGGAAUGUCGAGAAGUGUUACAGUUGCGGUUGCUUACAUCAUGAGUACUACAAAUCUUUCGUGGAAAGAAGCACUUAAAGUAGUGAGAGUAGGUCGAGCUGUCGCAAAUCCUAAUGUUGGAUUUCAGCAACAACUACAAGACUUUGAAUCUACUCGUUUAGCCGAAGAGCGAAAAAGAUUGAGAGAACGAUUUCCAAGUCUCGCGUUAACAGCAUCCGAUGCUGAACUUUGUAGAGCAACUCUUCAAAACUAUGAAACUCUAGCAUUGGCAAGAGAAGUUUGUGAAGGAAAAUGUGCAAUGGGUAGACAGUGCCCUAGUGGAAUGUGUCGACAACCUUCUAAAAGAACAUUAAGGCGAAAAUCAUCAACUAGUAGUACUAGUAGUUCUGGUUCUGGAAGAACACCACCACAAACUCCUCGACUUUUACCAUCUGCACCACCUUCACCAGCGAUGGCACGAUCAGCAAGUAUUAUUUCAGCAAAUAUUAGACCUAGAAGUGGUCCUGCCGGCUUACAUUCGUAUACAGGUUCUGCGCCAUCAUCACGGUCUGUAUCGAGAGUCGAUUUAUCAUCAGCUGUUGCUUGUAGCAGUGGCAGUACUUUAAGUUUAACGACAGUAGGAAGAAACACACCAAUGGCUCCAACUAGAAGUGCUAAUUGGAAAGUAGUUGGAUCUGCACCAGCAACCCCUAGAACAACUCCUCCAAUUUCUCCACAACAUUGGCCUCGACGACAAACUCCUCAAUUACCAGCCCCACCGGAAUCUUCAUCAUCAGUGACGUAACGACAUGACAGCUUCGGAGAAAUAUUAAUUACAUAAUAAUAGACAUAUUGACUGGAAUUAUUUCGCAAUAAACUCCAUGUCUUUCAACUUUAGAUAGUUAAAAAAUAUUUUAACAUCAAACGCUAAAUUAUCUUUGAUAUUAAUUGAAUUUCAUUGGUGCAACUAUUUUUAUCAUUAUUAGGAUUGACUUUUAUGAAGGCCUGAAAGUUUAAAUGACAAUCUUUGUUCAGUUAAAAAAAGGUAAUUGUGUUCAUCGACUUCACUACUUUCAGCUAUUGCUGGUGCUGAGAAUUAAAUUAUUGAUCUUGAUUUUCGUUUAUUCCCGUGAGAAAAAAAUUCGUUACAAAAACGUUCCUUACAGUGAACUUCCAAAAUUGAGACAAUUCUGAACUUUGAGUUGACGAUUUUAUGAGUUCAUAAUAAGUUCUUAAAAAGUUCAUAAUUAGAUCUACUCACUCAUUUGUUGGAUGAUUUUUGAACGAGUACGAAAGAAAAAAAACUGACAAUCCCAAAAAGUUCUAAUAAAAGCCAAAAAAUGUUCGUAAAUAUUUUAAAAUUAUUUUUAUUUUUUUUUUGCCCCAUACUUGAAUAAUUCUUGUAAGUCGUAAAUGUUUAUAAUUUCUGAUUAAUUUCUUCUUUUUUUUAAUGUUCUUCAAGCCCAAAAAAUUGUCGAAUCCAAUUAUUUUUCU